CUACGGUGACGUCACAUCAAUGGCCGGUCCCUUGAAGAACUGACACGGUUGUGUUCUUGGAGGAGUGAUCAAUUUCUGUUUUGUUAUUUUCCUUCGAAACAAUGUCUCAUCAAACCGGCAUUCAAGCAAAUGAAGAACUAAAGGCUAUCUUUGCAAGAGCCAAAAUGGGAAAAAUAAGAGUUAUUAAGGUGGAUAUUCAGGAUGAGCAGUUACUUUGUACCAGUAGUAAGGAAGCUGAUGGAGACUGGGAGAAUGAUUAUGACAAAUCAAUUCUACCUCUGUUAGAAGAGAAAGAACCUUGCUAUAUCUUUUAUCGAUUGGACAGCCAAAAUAACCAAGGCUAUGAGUGGCUGUUCAUCUCCUACUCUCCUGACUUUUCCAAGCCUCAGCGGAAGAUGUUGUUUGCUGGAACAAAAGCUACUCUGAAGCAGGAGUUUGGAGGAGGUCAUAUAAAAGAUGAAUUGUUUGGAACAAAUCAAUCUGAUGUUUCAUUAAAUGGAUUCAAGAAACACAAAGCUCAUGAAAGUGCCCCACCUCCACUGACUACUCAAGAGCUGGAACUUGAAAUGGUGAAACAGCAAGAGAUGCGAGCAGACAUCAGUGUAGACAGCAAACAGAGUCACAUGACUGGUGUCCAGUUUCCAGUAACUGAUGAGGCUCGGGCUAAACUGACGGAGCUCAAAAAUAAAAAAUUAAGCUUGGUCCAAUUAGAACUUAACAUAGAGAACGAAACAAUUGUACUUGCGGAAACCAAGGAGAACGUUCAUGCCAACGAUUUGGCACAAAAUGUUCCUGAAGACAAAGGACGAUAUGUUUUCUAUCUUUUUAAACACACCUUUGAAGGCGACUUCUUGGAAUCCAUAGUGUUUGUGUAUUCAAUGCCUGGAUACAAAUGUUCGAUAAAGGAUCGCAUGUUAUAUUCUACAUGUAAGGGCCCGCUGUUAGAUGUAGCCGCAUCUCUUGGUCUUGAAAUCGAAAAGAAGAUUGAAACGUCCGACCCUAAGGAACUGAACGAAGAGUUCUUACACGAUCAACUUCACCCCCGUAAGGACUUGAUCAGACAGAAGUUUGCCAAGCCUCCAAAACCAAGUGGAAGUCGCGGGCCAAGGAGAAUCCACAAGGAAACGUCAAGCACGGAAUAGUUUGUUCAGAUUCCGAUAGUUAAACGAAUGUAUUCGCGUUUCAUAUUUUGGUGAAAAUUGCAAAUUCUCGCGAAUCAACCUAAUGAAAUUUAUUAUUUUCUAUUAUUUUGUUGUUGUUGUUGUUCAGAGUUGCAAGAACUUACCUGUACAAGAAAUUCCAUUGUUCUUUCGUAGAAAAAUUAAUCUUUCGUUAUGUAGUAUAUGUCGCAGUUUGCUUUACCGUAAUAUAUUCAGAGUGAUUUUGAAUCAGUCAGAAUAGCUAUUGCAUUUAGAGAGGUGUUCAGCUGACGACAAGUAUUGCCUUUCAGAUUGCCCCCGUGAAGUGAAUUUUUUAACGCUUUUUUUACACCUUAGCAUUUAUAUUCGUAUUCCUCACGCCGUUGUCUUUACACGUCUUGUGGUAAUGACAAGGAGAACUU